AUGAAACGAGUAAUCACGCGCAAUGACCGAUCGACGCGUGUGAGGAAUGUGUACACCGCGACUCUUUACGUUCAUAAGGCGAAUGUUACUAGCCGCAUUCGAAUGAGAUUGGCCGUACUUUUGUGGCUUUAUGUUUCUGUACUGUACUCCCUUCUGGUCUUUCUCGCUUCAGGACACGAGGUGUCGACGGAAUCCGAGAUUGCCUUACUACCGCGCAUCACGUCGCAGCCGGGCCUGUCAGGCCAGGAAUCGGUCUCACCUGAACCGAGACAUCGAUCUGAAAAAGUAGCACAACGCCGCGAGCGAUCCCGCAGACAGCAGUUCGCUAUCCCGAGAUUCAACUCGGAGCGGUCACCGGCGACGACGCCACUUCUUGGCCGACACAACAGCCUCCGCCGCUCCAGCAGCAAUCGCAGCAGCGAAAACGACCUUUUCCAUCCGGGGCAUCGGUAUUAUGUUUCUUCUCCCGAAUGUGGGAUCGAGUUCUGCGGGGUGCGGGAAGUCCCGCGCGAGAGCAUCAGCUUUCUGGAACGGCUCGGAGGAGGUGAUUUCGCCACGAUCUUUUUGUGCAAGAUUCCGAGGCGAAGCAGUGGGUCUGCAGAGGAUUAUAAUCUUCCUGGGGAGUGCUUCGAGUCCACCGAGCUUGUCGUGCUGAAGACUUUGACACGCUGUAAUGCCAGCGACUCGGAGAGUGCGACGUUGGCGCAGGAGGUAGCGCUGUUAUCUGAGCUGCGCGACCCCAACAUUGCCAACAUCAUCGGGAUUUCGAGGACGACCGAGGAUCCGUUGUCACGCUAUUCAGUGAUAGUGGAGUACUUGCCAUUCGGCGACCUUCACUCGUUCCUGCGGACCAAGAAUCGAUCCGCCCCAGGGACCGAAUUCCUGCCGGACCAGGACUUCGAUACUUUUCUCAGCAGUGUGAACAAGUUGACCUGUGGAGAUUUGUUAUUCAUGGCGACGCAAAUCGCAUCGGGAAUGAUGUAUCUAGAGUCCCUCACCUGCGUGCACCGUGAUUUAGCCGCGAGGAACAUCCUCGUUGGCUCUGGACUGCAUGUCAAGAUCUCAGACUUCGCCAUGUAUCAAGAAAAGUUCAGUCGUGAUUACUACAUGUUUGAAAAUACCAAACUGCCUAUUCGCUGGAUGGCUUGGGAAGGAAUCUCUACGGGAAAAUGGAGCGGCGGAAGUGACGUCUGGGCCUUCUCUGUGACCCUCUGGGAAAUUUUCACGUUUGCCCAAGGGCAACCUUAUGAUGGUCUGUCUGACGACGAAGUAAUCCGCAACGCCAUAGUGCACGAGUUUUCCCCUCAGGUGAGUUGGAUCUCUUGUACCACGCCCCCUUUUCGCUACUGCUGCAAGGAAUUUUUUUUAUCGCUACGAGGAUUUCUGUUAACUUGCUGGCUUAUCAUCUUUGAGCUCAUCAUCGUCAAAGUUAUGCACCAUUUUCAUGAUCGAUCUCACCUAGAAUGA